CGCAAUUUAACCACUCUUCUUCGCGCCGCCACCUCUCCCUACUCUCACCGGCACAAUGACUACCACCACCGCUCAUCCUCCGCCGUUAUACCACUCAAAGAUCGACGCGAAGAACGUCAACAGAGCCUUAAAAUCUCUCCAAAAAUGGUGGGAAUCAAAAUCAAACCCCCAAAACUCAGAACCCCUCGAAAACAACAACAACAACGACAGUUACGUCUACCUAGUCGUAACCCUAAAGAAACCUCCCCAAAUCGAUCGAACCAAUCCACUAACAAUCCCUCUCCCUCACCCUCUCCUCAACCUCACAGAAUCUCCCCCAGACCUCUGCUUAAUCAUCGACGACAAACACAAGAACAAAAAAAUCACAAAGGAGACGGCCUUGAAAAAAAUCGAAUCCGAGAACAUUCCAAUCACCACAGUGAUCAAACUCUCGAAGCUAAAGACGGAGUUGAAGAAGGUGGAGGUGGAGGAAGGGAGGCGGCACGAGGUGUACUUCGCGGAGAGGAGGUUGUUACCGGUUUUGCCGAAGCUGUUAGGGAAGGAGUUUGUUAGGAAGAAGAAGAGUUUGGUUGAGAUUAACUUGAGGAGUGGGAACUGGAAGGAGCAGGUGGAGAGGGUUUGUGAAUCGGCUUUGGUUUUCGUUGGGACGGGGACUUGUAGCGUUGUGAAGGUUGCGAAGUUGUCUAUGGGAAGGAAGGAGGUUGCGGAGAAUGUUGUGGCGGUUAUGGAAGGGAUCGCUGGUUCGAUUCCUGGCAAGUGGAGGAAUGUUAAGUUGUUUCAUUUGAAGUUGCUUGAGAGCUUGGCUUUGCCUGUUUAUGAAUCUGUUUGAGUUAUGGAGAGAGUUUUUGAAUGUUGUUUUUGGUUAUUUUUUAGUGGAAGGUUCUCUUAUAUGCUGAUGCAGUGUUUAGAUUAUGCCUAGACUUUAUUUUACCAUAUGAUUUGAGUGAAGAAAAAAACACUUCCUUUCAAGUAAACGUAACAAUCAGAUAAAACAGAAUUAGAAUUCAUAUAUUGUUUCAUCCUAAGUUGCUUGGGAGCUUGGAUUUACCUGUUUAUCA